AUGGCGGAUAGUGAGCUGAGUCUGAUUGCCAAGAAUAUAUCAAGUUUGUGUGAAGUCCCCCUGAGUCUCACUAUAACAUCACUCAACCUGCACUGUAACUGCAUCCAGAGGAUAGAGGGUCUUACUUCAGUGUGGCAUCUACGGCACUUGGACCUUUCAUCAAAUCGCAUCUCACGGAUUGAAGGCCUUAGUUCUCUUGCUUCGCUGAGGACCUUGAAUUUAUCCUGCAACUUAAUAACCAAGGUUGAAGGACUGAAUGGCCUUGUGAAUCUAACUACGUUAAACUUAUCCUACAAUCAAAUAAACAGUCUUACAGGUUUGCUGUAUCUCCAUGGUGCUGAAUAUAAGCUGAAACACCUCAGUCUCCAUAGCAACCGUCUGGACAGCAUCCACCAUAUACUGCAAUGCAUGUUGGGAGUGAAGAGUCUUAGAGAGGUCACUUUGAGUCUUGAUGGCAAAGACAACCCUGUCUGCAGCUUGCCAGGGUAUAGGGAUAUGGUUAUGCAGUCUGUACCACAGAUUGCCGUCCUGGAUGGCCUAGACCAGCUGGGAAAUCCAGCAUCUCUUCUGGAGGAGAACCCAUGUGAUAUCCCUGGUCUGGAGGACUAUGUAGACUUCCUGCUCUCCUCGGACACUAAUGAUGUGGCUCAAGGGGACGGCCCCUUCACCACACCCCGUGUAGACGAGGUGUUGACCCAGUUUCAUCAGCGGACCAGCUCAGUGGAAGCUACAGAUCCAGUUGCAUGUGCCAAAUGCCAGGGUGCCCAGCUGUGUCGACCUGCCAUGGCUGUUAGUGCAAACGCUGCUAAUCAGCAGCACAUCAGUACACUGGAGCAUCAGUCCAGCAGCUCCAUUCCCUCUUUGGAAACGGUACAGAAGGCCAAGAGAGACACAGACCACACGUCGGAGAGUGAGUGCGACGAUGGGAAGGAGAACAGGAGGCGCACCAGGAUCCCGACACAUCGUAGCAGCAUUGCGGCAUUUAAGAGACCCACCAAAGAGACAAAGAGCAGGAGGACAGACAGCAAUCAAGAGACUCAUAAACAGAAGGGUUCAAAGCGUGCCGUGAUGCCCAGGAGGAAAGCUGAGGCGCCCAAGGGUGUAGCCACAGUCGGGGAAGCUGGGAGGGGCCCUCUGAGAACUACUGAGGCUUCAGAGGCCAGGAAAACUGAGCUCACUGUGGAAGAGCAAACCUACAGGACAAUAGUGGAAGAGCGUGACCAAGAAAGGGAGAGACGUUGGAAGGCUGAGCAGGCUGUGAGGAAGCUAACAGAGCAGAUGAAGAGCCUCCAGACAAGGGCAAGUGAGGAGAAAGACCUCCAGAGCAUGGCCGUGCACACCACAGAAAGACUGAAAGAGUUGUUGCUGAAGGAGCGGGCAGAGCGGUCUGGCCUGCAGACCCGUGUUGAAGAGCUGGAGGAGAAGUGUCAGUCCCUGGCACAACAACUGGAACAGGCCCGUGGCCACAAGGAGCAACACAAGAGGGCGCUGUGCAGCCUGGAGGACAGCAUCUCCCAUGGAGAAGCACUCAGGGCCUGCCAGCAGGCAGAGGAGAUGAAACGUUACCAGGAGCUGGAGAACAGGGCAACGGCUCUGAAGAGAGAAGCGGAGAUCCAGAGAGCCUCGGUACGCCAGCACAGAGACAAGCUGCAGCAACUGCAUGAACUGCUUACAUCUAGGGAGCAGGCGCACAGGAAAGAGCUGGAGUCACGGUUGACACCUGGAGGGGCGGAGUUCCGUGAGGCGGUGGCUAAAGAGGUUGCAUCCGUGCAACAGAGCCAUGCACACAGGGUGGCGGAGCUGGAAGAGAAGAUUGCAGAUGGCAGAAAACAGUAUGCCACCCUGGAGGACGAGUUCCGAAUGGCGCUGACCAUAGAGGCUGCUCGGUUCUCCGAGAUGAAAGAGGUGUGUGAUCGGCUUAAUGCAGAACUGUCAGAGCUGAAGGCCGCCCUUGCCCAGUCCCAGCAGAGGGAGAAAAAGUCAGACUCUCUAGUGCAGGAGCUCACAGUCAUGGUCAAAGAGCAGAAGAGCCGAAUCGCUGAGCUUGCCAAAGCCAAGAGAGACACUGUCACUGAGCUGAAGGCCCGUCUGCGCUCCCUUGAGGCAGAAGUCACACAGGACAGGCGUCUCAAUCUGCAGCUUGAAUUGCUGAAGAAGGAUAAGUCGCGACUCCUGUCUCAGCUCACAGCCCAGGAGUCGGUAAUAGAUGGCCUUCGAGCUGAGAGAAAGAUCUGGGGCCAAGAGCUGGCUCAGCAAGGGGCAUCUUUAGCUCAAGACCGUGGCCGUCUGGAGGCCAGGAUCGAGGUCCUGGGCACUGAGCUGGAAACACAGAGAAAACAGAAUGAAAGGGACAAUGACGGCCUUAAGAUCAAAACCAAGAUCAUUGAUGACCAAACAGAGACCAUCCGCAAACUGAAAGAGGCCUUGCAGGGCCGGGAUGAGCAGAUCAGGAGGUUACGUGAAGAGGCGCUCCAGGCGCAGAAAAAGUUCCAACAACAGUUGGAGGAGGAGUUGGCCCCGAUGGCUGAGCUCAGGGAGCGGGUCAAGCAGCUCAUCCUGCGCAAGGAGGAGCUGAAACAGCAGCUGGAGGACAAGGAGAUGGAGCUUGAGGAGGUCAAGGGAAUUUACAGUGCCUCCAAUAAGAAGUGGCAGGAGAAGGCGGCCCUGCUGACUCAGCUGGAGGGUCAGGUGAAGCGCAUGAAGGAAACCUUUGACUCUAAGGAGUGCUUGCUGCUGGAAGAGAGAGACAAAGCGACACGGGCACACAAAGCUGCAGUAGAGAAGCUACGUUGUGUGGACGAUGCGUUCCGUCAGCAGCUUGAGUCUCUACAGGUUUCCCAUCAAGCUGAGGUCUUGCAAAUAGCCAGAGACAAGCAGACACAGAUAGAACAAGCCAGCCAGAAGGUUUUUCAAGUUGAGGAGGAGAUGCGUCAGCUCUUGGAAGAAACUCAAACUAACAAGAGAAUCAUGGAAGAGAAAAUGAGACGUCUCACCAGUGUACUGAGAGACUUCUAAUAUCUCAAAUCAACACACCACACACACCCCACUUAAAGAUUCUAAAGCACUGAGCUGUUAUAAACUAGUUUUUUAAACUCACUUGAUCAUCAGUUUUAUAUACUCAUGUUAACUUAUUACAGGUCUAUUUAUGUAUUGGAAUUUUUAAAUAAAAUCAAU